AUGAUAAUUUAAGAAAGGGUAAACAAGUAAAAAAGAAUAAAAUCUACUUUGGCCUUGACAUACAUGAAUAAUAUAUUCAAUGAAAGGUUGAGCAAUCCAGAAAUGAAACUACAGAAGGAUCAAUUCAAUUACUUUUUAAUGGUUUAGUCUAAGAGUAUAUUUUUUAAAGUAUGAUAUAGGUUAUUAUUUAUAAUGA